UUCCCGCUCUGCCAGCUGUGCCGCUCUGCCUGGCUCAGCGCCUAUUUCGAACCCAUGCUAUGGUGGCUACCCAUGCGUGCGCGUUUUGGAAGUUAUGGCAGGAUGCGUUUGCCUCGUCGUGCUGAAGGAUGGCCAGCGGAAAAAAGUUUCACUCCCUAACGGUGCCUACGGCGAACUGAUGGAUGCUCUCGCUUCCUUAACCAACAUACAUGACAAGACCUUGAUCCAAAUGUAUGAUGAAGAGCUAGACGACUAUGUUGAUCUUGAGGAAGGAAGUGACGUCCCAAACAAGGCUAAAAUAAAAUUGGCGCGGAAACAAGGCCUUCAUGUUGAUGGUGCCAGCCCUGCAUUGACUUUUGUGCAGAGUGCAGGAGGAGCUGUGGAAAUGGCCGAGCAGAGUGCCGUGACAGAAAACGCACAAAACGUGCAGUCCAUCCAGUCGGUGCCACUGGAAAAGGAACGGGAUUUUUUAGAUUUUGUGCUCCCUUCUUUUGGGCACUACGACGAGGUGCUGAGGAGAAAAAUACAAAUAAAUGGCGCUGUGCGCCGUGCCAUAGUGGACAAGCUCUUUGCCGCAUACAUCAAGAUCGCAUGCUAA